AUGACCUCUGUGCAGACUGCGCCUGGCUUACCGGCCUCGAUGCCCUCGCAUCGGUCCCGAUUUAUCGUUUCCGCAAGUUCUCUGCGAGUACACCACUCGACUCCAUCGUCGACCUCUGUCAGCAGUCCGUCUUCGACCGGCUCUGAUCAAGGCUCGCUCUCCCGCCGCAAGCGUUUCUCGCCCGUCAGCGUCACCCACACCCACGUUCUCGGCCGCGCUGCCCACGGCACCAAGGUUGUCUCGCUCGGCACAGUCGACCUUGCUGCCGUGCUCAGACAUGCUGCUGCCACCCGUACAGCUCCCGAGCUCGCACGCACCCGCACCCCAGAACUCGAUGAGCCAGAGCCCACCCCGGCUCCAAAAGAUACUCGCGAGAAACCUCGUUAUCGAGUCCCGACAUCUCCCGUCAGACCAACCAAACCGCCCCAUGGCACAAACCUAUCCAGGCCCACGCCGAUCUGUCUCGUAAGGCCAAGAGCCCAAUUCCCGCUCUACCUGCCUAUCCUGGACUCACGUGUACCCCCCAUCGUGCUUCCGUCACUGGAGAGCCUAGAUGCGGCCGCGGCUCAGACGUAUAUCACACCCAGCAACAGCAACAGCGGGACGGAAGGCCGUCGCUCAGGACGAACCCGCCGACCCGCCAGCCGCACGCUUGAAUACACGAGCGACCCCAUCGUCCCGCCGGUCCGGAAGCGCCGAGCUGAUGCAACCCUCGAGAAGCGGGAACUCCGGACGAGCAAGAGAGCCCGCAAGGACGUCAACUAUGUCAUCCCGAGUUUGGCCUCGAUUGAACGUGAGAUUGCUAAUGCUGAAACGGGCGCGAUCGCACCCAGGCCUCGUCGGGUACGCAGGCGCAGCGAGACGUCAGUGUCCCCUUUUGAGCAGGGCGCAAGCUCUGGAAAUGGCAACGGCGAUGUUGAAAUGAAGGACAAGGAAGAUUCACCCCUUUCGGCUGAGGAUGAAGUCAGGACGGGUCGAAAAGCGCGUGGCGGGAAACCGGCCAAUUAG